AUGUUUAAGUCAUCUACUCAAAGGGAUUCAAGAUGCAAAUACUGCACGGUGAAAUGUGCUCUUCAAAUAUGUGUUUUACUUGGUAUUUGUAUCUGGAUGGUUUAUCUAGCUCAACAUUCUCGUGAUAAAAGGACCACUUAUGCUGGAGAAGGUACAAAAUCAAGCAGUGAAGUUUCUAAGUUGGGGAGAACGGAUCAUCCUGAUGUAGACCAAUCUUCUACCCUUGAUGCAAGUCAUAAGGAGGAAGAGGAUGAAGAAGUAAAUAAACAUGAAGAACUAAACAAGCCAGACAAUUUUAAUGGUAUGGUAGAUGAGAUCUUGACUCAAGAGAAUGAGCAAAAUAACAAUGAAGAAAAACCUGACCAUGGAGAAUAUCAAGUAGACGAAGAUUCUAAAGGGAGUUCUUCGACCAACAAGGAAAGUGAAGAGAAUGAGAAUAAGGCUAACAAGGAUAGUAACGAAGAUACAAACCAAACAAGAAUUGAAGUAAAUAUGAAGGAAAAUCACAAGCAAGAAGAUAAAGAGGAAAGCGAUGCAGCAGAAAAUGAGAGAGAAAAGAAUGAUGAAAUUGAGGAAGAGGCUUCAUCUGAAGAUCAAGUUGAGGAUCAGGAAAAAGAGAGGAGCAAUGAGGAGCCUAGAGAGGGACAUAAUUCCUCCAAUGUUGUAGGAUUUAACCAGACAAAACAAAUUGAGAAAAGAGAAAACAAUGAAUUGGAGUUGGAGUCUGGGACAAAUGGACCUGAAGUGUCUCAUGUUCAUCAGAAUAAGGUCCUAAAUGUUACACAAACAAAAACUACAGAAGUGGUUGAUUCAAUUGUUGCAACAACCAACCAGUCCAUAAGUAACGUAGAAACUCUUCACUCGCAGGAUGUGACUAAUACAACAUACAAUACAACUGAAAAACAGUUUGAAACAUCAGAGAACUACAAGGUGGUGGUGGAGGAAUUCAGUCCACACAAUACAACUUUGGAAUUGAAAUAUUCCAAGUCAGAUGCUGUAGUAGAGCAAGAACAAGUUGAUUCCACCUUAACAAAUUCAUCACGAGCCAAUGAAAGCAUUUUGCUUAAUGAAACAUAUAAUGUCAAAGUAAAUGCUAAUGACAAUGGUCAAGGAGAAUCAGUCAGUGCGUCUAAUUCUUCUAUAAUUGACUCUACUCAGGUUGAGAACAGUGAAAAAGAAGAUGAGGCUCAAAAUGAACCAGUUCAACCAUAG